AGAAGAGGGCGCUGCUGAGUCAAGUCAAAUAAAUCCCAGAAGAAGAAGAGUCCUCUAUAGUCCGGGGCUGUCAGUGGACUCUGACCUCCCCUGCAGGGUGAGUGAGUGUGCGGACAUGUCGGGCAGCAGACUGAUGAGGGCCAUCAGAGUGAGUGAGUUCGGAGGCCCGACCGUCCUCAGACUGUGCUCGGACGUGCCAGUCCCCGUGCCCGGACCCAGACAGGUGUUGAUCCAAGUCCGGGCUUGUGGAGUUAAUCCUGUGGAAACCUACAUCCGCUCUGGAAGCCACGGCAGGAAGCCGACUCUGCCGUACACGCCGGGCACUGAUGUGGCAGGAGUGGUGGAAGCAGUUGGAGAGGGAGUCACUGCAGUGAAGGCAGGUGAUCGUGUCUUCACUACUUCCACGGUGUCUGGAGGAUACGCCGAGUUCACUGUAGCAGCUGAGGACAGUGUUCACUGGCUGCCUGAUGCCUUGGACUUCCCUCAGGGAUCGGCCAUAGGCAUCCCAUACUUCACUGCCUACAGAGCGCUUGUUCACAGAGCUCGUGCCAAAGCUGGAGAGACAGUCCUUAUCCAUGGUGCCAGCGGAGGGGUGGGCGUGGCCGCGUGCCAGCUGUCCCGCGCUCUGGGCCUCAGGGUUCUGGGAACGGCAGGCACACCUGAAGGAAUGAAACUGGCUCUCAGCAACGGAGCUCACCUCAUUUUCAACCACAGAGAGGAGGGCUACACGGACAAAAUCAUGGAGGCCACAGGUGGUGCUGGUGUAGAUAUCAUAGUGGAGAUGCUGUCCAAUGUAAACCUCAGCAAAGACCUCCAGAUGAUGGCCAAUGGAGGACGCGUCACUGUGGUUGGCUCCAGAGGCUCCAUAGAGAUCAACCCUCGAGACACCAUGGCCAAAGAGAGCUGCAUCAUGGGAGUGGCCCUUUUCUGCGCCACUCAGGAGGAGAAGAAGGAGUGUGCGGCGCUCCUUUAUGCUGGGAUGGAGGCUGGUUGGCUGCGUCCCAUCGUCGGGUCCCAUUACCCUCUAGAAAAGGCGGCUCAGGCCCACCAUGACAUCAUCGAGUCUCCUGGGGCUGCUGGGAAAAUUGUCCUGACCAUUUAAUGACAAGCUGUGAUAUUGUCUUUUUGCUGAAGAAAAUUCACAAUUCAUUAUAUAUCAACACUAUGCAAGUAGAUCAAUAACUAUAAUAUUUACAUUUUUUAAUGAUAAAAUUUUGAUACAUAAAAAAAAA